ACGACAGCGAAAGAAGGUGAAAGUUGGUUGGAGAAAUCUUUGUUCAUCUCAACCAUCCGAGCUCUUUUUCUCGUUUCUGAAACAAGAGAGCGUUGUUAGAUUUUUCUCGAGUCCAGAAGGCUAAGUUUUAUUUACGUUGAUCGCUUGUGCAGUUCAGUUAGGACRAAGACAGUGAUGAGCGUAAUGGCAACCAAAACGGAAGCAGCAAUUAUACCUGGGAACAAAAAUUCAAAACCAGAUUCUUCCGAAAAUUGGAAAGCAAAGCUGAAUAUUCCCGAUAAAGACAACCGUAUAAAGACAACUGAUGUAACUGCAACUAAAGGAAAUGAAUUUGAAGAUUAUUGCUUGAAACGAGAACUACUUAUGGGGAUAUUUGAGAAGGGCUAUGAAAACCCAUCUCCUAUUCAAGAAGAAAGUAUCCCAGUAGCCUUGGCUGGGAGAGAUAUUCUGGCCAGAGCAAAGAAYGGCACUGGAAAGACUGCUGCAUAYAUGAUUCCCCUCUUGGAAAGGAUUGAAACKGCACAAAAUGCAAUUCAAGCCCUGAUUUUGGUUCCUACAAGAGAACUUGCUUUACAGACAUCACAAGAGUGUAAAGUUCUAGGCAAACACUUAGAUGUACAGGCUAUGGUAACAACUGGUGGRACAAGCUUGAAAGAAGACAUUAUGAGAUUGUAUAACAAAGUUAAUGUAAUAGUAGCUACUCCAGGACGUAUUCUAGAUUUGAUGAAGAAAGGCUUAGCUGACAUGUCCAAAUGUAAAAUACUAGUGAUGGAUGAGGCGGACAAACUACUCUCAAUGGAUUUCAAAAACCUUCUUGAGGAUAUCAUCUCAUAUUUGCCAAGCAACCGACAGAUUCUAUUGUACUCAGCCACAUUUCCUGUUUCAGUGAAACAGUUUAGAGACAUUCAUCUUAUGAAACCGUAUGAAAUUAACCUCAUGGAUGAAUUGACAUUGUUUGGUGUUACCCAGUACUAUGCAUAUGUGAAGGAAAAGCACAAAGUUCAUUGCUUGAAUACUCUUUUUAACAAGCUUGAAAUCAACCAAGCCAUUGUGUUCUGCAAUUCAGUAAAACGAGUUGAACUGCUUGCCAAGAAGUUGAUAGAAUUAGGAUAUUCUUGUUUCUAUAUCCAUGCACGUAUGGCACAAGCCUACAGAAAUAGAGUAUUCCAUGAUUUUAGACAAGGACAUUGUAGAAACCUGGUGUGCUCAGAUCUUUUCACCCGUGGUAUUGAUGUGCAGUCUGUUAAUGUGGUUGUGAACUUUGACUUUCCUCAAAACGCUGAAACAUAUUUGCAUCGUAUUGGACGUUCUGGUCGCUUUGGACACUUAGGUCUUGCAAUUAACAUGGUCACUGAGGAUGAUGAAGAGGACCUCUGCAAAAUUGAAAAGGAACUUGGAACAGAAAUCAAACCCAUUCCAUCAGACAUUGACAAGAAACUGUAUGUAGCUGAGUAUCAACAUCAACAAAGACUUCAACAAGCAGAUGGAAAAUAAAACAGCUUGAAGUUCUACAUGGUAGGGUACUUAUGGGUUUAUACUAUAGAUUGAUUGCUUUCAUUUAGUAGAAGAUAAAAGAAGUAAAGUGACGACUUUAGUGCUAUGAAGAGGAAAUAUGUAAUGUAUACAGGGUAAAGGGCAUAUUGCUUAUCAAGGGUCUUUUAUAUGCAUGUUCUGAACACCUAACAUCAAAAUAUUCUUGUAUUGCUGAAUGCUUCACAUUGUGUUUGAGAGAACAGAAUUGUGAAUUAACACAGGCUAUGACAAUAUUAAUUGGACUGACAUAACAAAAUGUGAGGCAUUAGGUAUAUUCCUGUAAGCAUAUUUUAAAGUAAGUUAAUAAACUAAAAUUUCAUUUACUGAUAAACCCUCCUAAACCCCAUAAGUUCCUACUUUGUUGUAGGUUUUCCAGUUUGUUGUUAGUACUACUAACCACCAMCAAUAUGUAAAAAUGUUGCAUAUGGAUGGUUCAAACAGUUAAAUUAUUCUCCUGAUAUUCAGAAGAUUUUCAUAUUUUGUACGUUAAUGUUUGUAAAGCCCAGAUUGAAAAAUGUUGUCCACGCUGCUUGUCAUUUAAAUGGUGAUUUUUGUAUCCAUAGACAAUGCAAGGCAUCAUAAAUGUUAAAAAAAGGUUGCCUUUCUUGGCCAACAUUUUUCAUGUAUUAGUGUUUGUGGGUUAGUAUAGUGGUAGGUGAGUACAGAAACUCAAGCAUGUUGKAACRUAUGACCAUCAUCUGUGCCUGAUGGUGAUGUUUAAYGAACAUUACAUCAUUAUGUUUCAAUGUACCUGUGAUUUUCUGGAUGGCUUGGGAAACUGCUAAGAACAAAUUCACUGCAAAAACUGCUACUUUUUUGGGCAAAUAAAUGUUGUAAAACAUUUCCAGUGCAAUGACCAAUUUAUUUCAUCUAUAGUUUGAAUAUCUUAAGAAGAUGAGCAYACUAAGUGUCGGUAUGAAUCCUAUCAACAAGUUUCAUUUCUUUAAAAGUAGCAGUUUUUGACUGGGUAUGAUGGAAAAGCUCAUUUAGAAUCAAUGCUUGAUUGUUAUGCUCCAACAAAUUGCAAAAAAUCCUUCUCUCACAAACCAGUGUCAAAGAAAAGAAAAUUARAUGAUUAACCAGUAAUSAGCAGGGUGAUCCAAGAGAACAUAAUGACAUUCUAUGUCCAGAAGAUAACAAAACAGCACACUGGAGGUCAGCAAUAAUGAAGAUUGACGUUGAAACAGAAAAUAUACCAAAAUAAUAAUGAUUAAUCCAUUUGAGGACCUGUUUACCAGCAAACUUAUAAGAAAACCUGGUUUACUGUCARGAUUACAGAGCCUGUAAAACACUUGUCACUAUUGGUAAAACAAUGACAAAAGAUGGUACAGUGAAUACUAUGUUUUUGAAAUCUUACAAACCAAGAAUUUACYAGAUGAUAAAGAAAAAACAUUCACUUAAGUUGAGAACUGAACCAUAAAAUCAACCAAAGUGAGUAUGGACAAGGUAUACAUUUCACAACGUCAUGCAAAAACGCCAUCACAACCCAAAAAGGUCAACAACACAUCAUGUCUACAAUAAUUGGAUAAAAUAUACAAUGCAUCAGGCUUGUCAUUCCUUGCUAAAUAAAGACUGCAGAAUUUGAGGUGGACCAAGAUAAAAAACAAUUGAAUAUGGACAAGAAAAGUGUACAAAGCCGUACUAGUGAUAGGAUAGUCAGGUAAAGACCACCUAGGAACAAUACAUUUACAAAGUACAAUGAAGAACACAGGGUGACAAGACAAAUCCAUUUAUUGAAUCUGCUUGAAACUUCAUAAAAUUUGAACUUCAAGCAUUGCUGCAAAGUAUUUGACAAAAAACUGUCUUCCUGUUGAGCUUUUCCAUCAUACCAUCCGAGGUUCUGAUUAUUUAUUUGCAAUGAAUAAAAAUGUACAUAUGUAGAUAUACAAAGAAAUUGUAAGUAGAUAAAAGUUUAUUUUCAAAUCAGUAGCUAGUGUUUGUACAACAAGAUCAAGUGGGUUGUUAUACUGGAAAGUGAUUCUCUAUCUAGCUGUUGMUCUUUACUGAUUGGUGGGCUUUUCUUAAAACUACAAAGUUCAUGUUUCAUCAGAUAUAUGCUCAGUUGAAUAAUUCUCUGAUACUUUUCCUGUAAUUAGAUUUUUGUCACAAAGUGACAAGGAUAAGAUUGAUGGUAAAUUGUUACUGUCGCAAUAUAAAUAAAUCAGUUGUUUAGUAUAGAAGAUGCAAAGAGUUUUGCUUUCCAAUAUUGCAACCCAUUUCAACAGAAACAAGACCAUGAACAGAAGUUACUUAUAUACAAGGUCAUCAAUUAAGCAUAAAAACUUAGUAAAAUGUUGCUUGCCACUUUUUUUCAACUUACCUUUUUAUGUAGGGGAGAUGCAAUAUAUCCAUGCAGCAAAAUUCCAAAUAUAUUGAGUACUAAUAAAUUGCACAAUUUAGUACAAACAACAGCGUAAACUCCUGUCUUUGUUGGUGUUGUUUGUAAUCAAGUAAACUGUUAGUAAUGUUGAGAAUGAGAAUGUGAAUAAUACUAUUAAGUGCAAAUAAGUGGAAKCAUGGAUCUAUGGUAUUUACUCUAUAUAGAAAGAAAGAUUACAGAUUAAGCAUAAAUUGAGGAGCUUCAUAUCAAAGACUGGAUCGAUUUAAAGUCAAUAGUUGUGUUAUGUGAAUUGCCUUGAGAUGCAAGAGAUCUCUAAUCCUGAAUUCUUAUUUAGUAACUUCUGUUCUUUGUCUUCAUGCAAGCUUUCCAGUUAUUAUUGGAAAUGUAUUGUUGCAGUUUGUUAUUUCAAUAUUCUUGGGAUCAUGUUCAUUGUGGACAGAUCUUAGACAACACUGCAAACAAARACCUUGUUAAGAUGUUAAGUAUUGUAUGUACUCUGGGUAUGGCAGUUGCAAGUCUGCUUAUGUUUAGCAUAUAUAAUGAUUACCAUCUUAGACUUACCAGAACUAUUCAGAAGUUGUAWUAAGGCUAAAGAUCAUAAUGUUUUCUUUUGGCUUAUUACAGACUUGAUAAUCUAGUAAGGUGUCUGGAGUACAACAUGAGACCUUACUGGCACAUUAUUUUUGUACAAUUCCAGAAGGCAUGGGACAUGAAAUGUUCAUGCUAGAUAGAUAUAUAAUACACAAUUGUACCUUAACAAUGUAAAAGAUUACAUAUUAAUGUCUACAGAUGCCAACAUACUUUCAGAGAGACUUMAGUGUAAACAAUGACUAUGAGAACCUAAAGGUGAUCGGACUAURUUAACUUUUCACAGACCCUACUCUUACUCUUAUCCCAUAAUUAAGACACUCCUGAAUGUCAUUGUUUAACAACUAGAGUUACAUCUUUGUAGAUUGCUAAGUAAUUGCUUUUAUAUUGCUAAGGCAACAAGCGAUGAAAGAAUUCAUUUAAGAACAUUGACUUCUUACACAUUCAAAAGCCCAUUCAUACAUAUAUGAAAGAUUAUGAACAUUAUUACCAAURCAAGUAUAGUUCUCAUGUCAGUUUUAUUCAAUAACUGAAACCUGUAGAGAAAUGAUGCAAUUUUCACAGGUAUUUUUCUAGAAAACUAAUAUCAGAAUUAUAUGAGUAGCUUAUGAUUUUUUUGAAAGAGAAUAACUGAUCCAUUUUAAGGAAUUGUAGAUUGUGAGUGUUACAAUUUAGAGUACACAUGUAUUCAAAGGGAAAUUUGAMCARYUUUAAAGAAYUGGCACUAUAUUUUGCACUAGAAAAUGCUAUUUUUAAAGUGGGUCAGUUAUGUAAGAAAGCAUUAGCUACAGGUCUUCUUAGACUACGUUCAUSAAAGAAAACUCAUUCAGAGUGGGCCAAUCACUACAGCCCAAAKAAACAGAAAACAUUAGAGAGGUUUAAGAUUAACAAUGUCUUGUCUUCAAUCAAAGAAGAGGGGUUUCUUUAAACUCCAUAGGAAAUAAUCAUUUGAAUUCCAUCUGAUUGCAAAAAUGAUUAAAUUAUAGUAUUAUUUCCUUUAUGAGGGAGAGCAAAUGUGUGCAGUAGUACAAAAUAGCAAUGAAUUUAGAACGUUUUACCCUCAAUUAGYUCUAAACAUUAUAUUGCACACUUAUUUGUUAUUUUAAAUAACUUGAAAAAAAUAUUUAUUUUUCCCUUAGGUAAAGUAAUUGAGAUGAAUUAGGAUGUAUUUUACUAAUUGGGAUCUGUUGGAGUGAUUUUAGUUCAUGUUAACUUCUUUAGUAUCUAUUGCAUUGAAAUCUUUUCAUUUUUUUAAAAUUUUUUAAUGUAGUAAAACAAGUGUUUUUUUGAAAUGAAAUAAAUUGAAUUACUCUAAAUACUAAGUGCUAAGACAAACAAAUGUUAUACAAACAUUAGGUAAAGUCACUCCUAAAAGAACUCGACAUAUAAAACAAAGGUUUUCCAGGGUUUGCACCUGCAGUAGUACAUCCUUUUCAUUGAACUCUUUGAACUCAAGAACAUCAAAGAGAAACGUUCUUUUGCGUUGCUUGAGCGCAUUGGAACCUAAGUUUCUUGCUAGUGAGAACUGUAGCAAGCUAUCAAGCAUCAAAUGUCUUUAAACAGAUAGUCUGGUGAAUAGCUUUCUCAAGUAAAAAAACAUGUGAGAACUAAAUGCUUUCUGUUUUAGUACAAUAUUGAUCUAAAACAGAAGGCAUUAAGUUGUCUUUGUCCACCAAAGACAGAAAAACUUUUUUAGUUUAAUUUGUAUGGAUUGACAAAACACAUUCACUGUGUAUUGUUGUAGAUUUGUGCUAUUUUGUGGUGUAAUUAGCUGUGACAAUUGUCACAAUUUCCCUUGUGUUAUUCGUGAACAACAAAACAUUUUGCUAAUGUACUUGUUGCUUAAUGAAAAACAGUCUUUUGGUUUAAUUCAUUUAUAGACAGAAGCACUUGGUUUUCUGUAAACUGUUCUUAGCCAAUGUACUUGUUAUGUGUUGUAAAAGUUGUCGUAACAAAGUCAGUUUUUUUCUUUGUUUAAUUACUCAUAUUGUCCUGUUAAUGUAAUGUUACAGUAAAUGUAGAAGGUAAUGUUUGUAUUCAGAGAAACCACAAAUAAAUACUUCGUUAUAAGUUCACUGAUAUCAAUUCAGUAAUGUUAAAMUGUUGAGGAUCUUGGUAUUCAUUCUUGUCCAAACAAAAUGCAUUUAGAUUUGAAUUGGAUUUUUUUUGUGAUUUACAAUUUUCUACAGUUAGAUUUCCACAUGUUCAACAUUUAGUUAGAGAAAUGUAUUUCUGAUGCAUCCAACCAAUAAAGUUUGGUGGGUGUGGAUUAAUGACUUGUGGUCAAAACUUGUGGAAAUGAUGUUUUUGAUCAGAAAUAAAGCUUGCUUAAAAUAGUGUUGUCUAAUGACAAAUACACUCCAGUUUAUUAUGAUAGAAAUAGGAYCAUACCAAUGCUGUUUCUUCAAGAAUUGUGUACCAAUGAGAUUUUUAAUGUCAAUGUCGUGAAAUGUUAUGUUAUGUAAAAAAAUAUCAAAAUCACCAUCAAACAUCCUCUAGUUAGUUGUCUUAAUAGAGUGAUUUUCCAUGGAUUUAAAGAAAAAGACUAGCUUUGGUAGUACUACGGUAUGAAGGAAAACAAUGAGUUUAAAGUAUACUACCUCUAUAAGCUUGUUUAUUUUUUCACAGUUCAUGAUGGAAAGUAACUCUUAUGUACUGUAGUUUUCCUGUGAAAUACUGGUAAUGUAUAUUGUACACUUAUUGUGAGUUCUAGUGCACAUUACACUUUGUUUCACAGGUUUAGGACUUUUCUAUUAACCMACCCAUGAAAAGGAGAAAUAAUAAAAUGAUGUCAAAUAUUAAACAAUGAAAAAUGAGACUCAAAUGAGUCUUAUAUAAUUCAUACAUAAUGCUAUGAUCACAAAGUUUAUUCAGAUGUUUAUUGAACUCGGUUUACUGUAUACUUUUAUUUUCCACACAACUUUGCUAAAAUGAUAUGCCUUUGUUCAAAUUAAAAUGUAGAAUUGUUAUAAACAUUGACCAUGAAAGUACAAUGACCUUCAAGUCAGUACUAGUUAAAUAAUUAACUCAACAKAAGAAAAAAAAUAAAUCCUUGUGAUGUCCACUAGAAGCCUUAUUAAUAUUCUUUCAUGGUCAAAGGAAAAUAACUAUUUUUUAGUCUGUCUAAUUCCCAACACCAAAUGUAGUAAAACAAUCUAUUAUUAGCAAUAAAGUUUGAAUGGUGAAAA